AUGGACGACUCGCUCGUGUGCCAGCGGUGCCACCAGCCCCUCCUUCGCGACACCAGCGUCACAUCUUUAACUCAGAGCCAAUAUGGCCUCAUUGCCGGCACGUUGCCAGCACCUGCCCCUCCUUCGUCUCUCCAACCAGCACAGAAGCUCCAGGCGCUCCCACCAGCCUCUCGCCCCGCCGCCGCCGCAUGGUCAGGCGCAAACCCCAUUGCCGAGAGCUACGUGUUUCUCCCGGACGCACUAGGCGGUGGACACGGCAGAGCAGGCAGUCCAGCACCACCGAGGAGCGCGUCGUCGGUCGCUCCUUCCUCCGCCAGCACAAGCCGUGCAGGCAGCCCCGCCCUCCUCGCCACCGAGCCUCCAGCUGCACCACCCGCCCAGCCCGCCCUGGCCGCCAAGCUGGAUGCGCUGCUGUCGUCGCGCACUGCCAUCGACCACCCGCUCUGCACGGAAUGCACGGGCCUCUUCCAAGCCGAACUGCAGCGCGAGCUGGAAGAGCUCACACGCGAGCGAGACGCCUACAUCAACUUUGAGCGUGGACUGCGCAAACGUGCCGACGCAGACAGUCUGGGAGACGACAGCACCGGACUGGUGGGGACCAGCGACGAGUGGGAUGCCCUCCUCGCCCGUAAACAGGAGCUCGAGGACGAAGAACACGCACUCCGACUCUCCCUUCAGGAGCGUGAGACCGAGCUCGCGGCAGUCAAGGAGGACGAAGAGCGGGUCCGCGUCGAAGAGGCUGCGGUGGAGCGCGAAGAGUCAGAAUUCCUGACCUCACACGCUUCCCUCUCUGGCCAGCUCAGUCAUCUCGCCAAUACGCUGAGCUCGGCCAAGACCCAGCUGCUCCUCAGUACCUACCUGUUACAGCAUCUCGAGAACACCAACGUGUACAACGACGCGUUCCAGAUUGGUCACGCGCCUCUACCGGAUUCCAAUGGCAAAAGCUCCGUCUCUGUUGGAACGAUCAAUGGUCUACGACUAGGAGGCCGUCCUGCUGUGGAUUGGGAAGAGAUCAAUGCCGCAUGGGGUCUUGUUGCAUUGUGCAUCGACCGCCUGGCCGUCAAGGUCGGGUGCACCUUUGAGACUUACAAAAUCGUCCCCCUCGGCUCCUUUUCGCGCAUCGAAGAGAUCCCAGGCAAGGGCGUGUACGAGCUGUAUGCGUCAUCUGAUAUUUCGCCGGCACGUCUCCUCCAGAACAGGCGGUUCAGUUAUGCUCUGGUAGCGCUCCUCGACUGUCUCCGGCAGCUCGUCGACUAUGGUUACCGUAACGGCCGCGCCUGGGGCGGUGCGGGUAUCGAAAUAUCCAAAGACAAGAUCAACGGCCAUUCUAUUCGCCUCCCUGGUAUCGCAAGUGGAAUGACUUUGGGUUCCAUGUCUUUGAUGGGGCUUGGCGGGUCGUCGUCUGCGCCUGGCACGGACCACGAGACAAAGUCCAAAGAGGGCAACCCAGACGAACAGUGGACACGGGCGUGCCGCAACGUGCUUGGCGUGCUCAAGAGGAUUCUCGUGGUGGAGAGUGAGGCGGAUCGCAGUGCAUAG